UCAGCUCCAUCCACAGUGAUCCCACUACAAUCCUACAUCCAUCGGAUCCGUCCAGAGUGAUCCCACUACAAUCCUACAUCCAUCGGAUCCGUCCAGAGUGACCCCAGCAGGAUCCCAGCUCCAUUGGCACCAUCCAGAAUUGACCCCACCACGAUCCUACAUCCAUCGGAUCCGUCCAGAGUGAUCCCAGCAGGACACCAACUCCAUUGGCUCCAUCCAGAGUGAUCCCACCACGAUCCUACAUCCAUCAGCUCCAUCCACAGUGAUCCCACUACAAUCCUACAUCCAUCAGAUCCGUCCAGAGUGAUCCCAGCAGGACCCCAACUCCAUAGGCUCCAUCCAGAAUUGACCCCACCACGAUCCUACAUCCAUCGGAUCCGUCCAGAGUGAUCCCAGCAGGAUCCCAGCUCCAUCGACUCCAUCCAGACUGACCCCACCCCAAUCCUACAUCCAUCAGCUCCAUCCAGACUGGUCCCAGCAGGAUCCCAACUCCAUUGUUGAGUGAUCCCACCACGAUCCUACAUCCAUUGGCUCCAUUGAGACUGAUCCCACCACAAUCCUACAUCCAUCGGAUCCGUCCAGAGCGAUCCUAGCAGGACCCCAUCUCCAUCAACUCCAUCCAGAGUGAUCCCAUCACGAUCCUACAUCCAUCAGCUCCAUCCAGAGUGAUCCCACCACGAUCCUACAUCCAUCAGCUCCAUCCAGAGUGAUCCCAACAGGACCCCAUCUCCAUCAACUCCGUCCAGAAUUGAUCCCACUACGAUCCUACAUCCAUCAGAUCCAUCCAGAGCGAUCCCAGCAGGACCCCAUUCCAUCAACUCCAUCCAGAGUGAUCCCACCACGAUCCUACAUCCAUCGUCUCCAUCAGUUUGGGAUCCCACCACGAUCCCAUCUCCAUCAGCUCCUCCCAGCUGUGAUCCCACCACGAUCCCAUACCCUACAUCGCCUUCUGGAAGUGAUCCAGACUCCAUCCUAUAUCCAACAGAACGUUCCAGAAAGUGACCUCAACAGUAUGUCCAUCGGAUCCUUCAAGAAGUGACCUACCAGGAUCCCUUCUCCAUCCACCCUUUCCAGAUGUGACCCCACCGGGACCCCAUCUCCAUCAUCUCCUUCCUGAAGUGAUCCCACCACGACCCUUUAUCCAUCUUUUCUUCCGGAAGUUAUCCACCAGGACCCCAUAUCCACCACCUCCUUCCCAAAAGUGACCCACCAGGAUCCCAUCUCCAUCAGCUCUUUCCGUCUGUGACCCCACUACGACCCCAUAUCCAUUGUCUCCUUCCAGAAGUGACCCCCACCAGGACCCUACAACCACUCCUCUUCCCCAGAGGGACCCACCAGGGCCUCAUCUCCAUCGUCUCCUUCUAGAAGUGAUCCACAACAACCCCAUAUCCAUCUUUUCUUCUGGCAGUGAUCCACCAGGACCCCGUAUCCACCACAUCCUUCCAUCUGUGACACCACCAGGACCUCAAACCCACCACAUCCUUCAAGAAGUGACGCAUCAGGACCCCAUAUCCACCACAUCCUUCCAGAAGUGACCCCACCAGGACCCCAUAUCCACCUCAUCCUUCAAGAAGUGACCCCACCAGGACCUCAAACCCACCUCAUCCUUCAAGAAGUGACCUACCAGGACCCCAUAUCCACCUCAUCAUUCCAGAAGUGACCCAUCAGGACCCUAUAUCCACCACAUCCUUCCAGAAGUGACCCAUCAGGACCCCAUAUCCACCACAUCCUUCCAGAAGUGACCUACCAGGACCCCAUAUCCACCACAUCCUUCAAGAAGUGACCCAUCGGGACCCCGUAUCCACCACAUCCUUCAAGAAGUGACCCCACCAGGACCCCAUAUCCACCACAUCCUUCAAGAAGUGACCCAUCAGGACCCCAUAUCCACCACAUCCUUCCAGAAGUGACCCAUCAGGACCCCAUAUCCACCACAUCCUUCAAGAAGUGACCCAUCAGGACCCCGUAUCCGGCAGUUCCUUCCAUCACUGACCCCACCAAGACCCCACACCCACCUUUCUCUUCCCCAAAACGACCCCUCCCAGCUGUGCCCAUGGAGGUUUGGAGGCAGUGUGCCCAUUGGUUGGUGGCAGCACGGGUUCUCCCGGCGGGUCACCGUGCCAGCAGCCCCACGGGACAAGUUUGGGACCUGGCACAGGCGUUGAGGGAUGGGGUUCUCCUCUGUCACCUCCUCAACGCCCUCCUGCCCAACGCCGUGCCCCCCCGGGACAUCUGUCCCCGUCCCCAAAUGUCACAGUUCCUGUGCCUGAGAAACAUCCGCACUUUCCUGACCGCCUGCGCCGACAAAUUCGGGCUCCCCAAACAUCGCCUCUUCGGGGCCUUCGACCUCUUCGACGUUCAGGAUUUUGGGAAGGUGAUUGACACCUUGUCCACGCUGUCCUGGACACCCAUCGCACAGAGCAAAGGCUUCACACCCUUCCCCACUGAGGAGUGCGAUGGGGACGACGAAAUCUACAGCGGUCUGUCGGACCUCAUCGAUGACACGGUGGAGGAUGAUGAUGAACUCUACGACUGCGUCGAGGCCGAAGGGGACGACGGGGACGACAUCUAUGAGGACCUGAUGAGGGUGGAGGUCCCCCCGUCCGCUAGGGUGGAGGUGGACCGGAGGCACUGCUGCCUCCAGGAGUUGAGGCAGACGGAGGAAAAAUACACGGAGACCCUCGAGUCCAUCUGCACGGUGGGGGAUUUGGGGCUCUCAUCCGGAACCGACAUCCGCAUGAAGCUGCAGGAAUGCUCCCAGAGAGCCAACAACGGGCGCUUCUCCCUGCGGGAUCUCCUGAUGGUGCCGAUGCAGCGGGUGCUGAAGUAUCACCUCCUGCUGCAGGAGCUGGUGAAGCUGACGCCGGAUCCAUCAGAGAGGGAGAGGCUGCGGGCGGCGCUGGAUGCCAUGAGGGUGGGGGGUCGUGGGGGGGGUCCUGGGCAAAGGCAAAGAAGGGGGCCCCAGUCCUUGGCUCAGUUCGGGCGCCCCAAAAUCGAUGGGGAGCUGAAGGUGUGCAGCAGUGAGAGGCGCUCCAAGGCGGACAGGUACGGGUUCCUCCUGGACAAGGCUCUGAUCAUCUGCAAGCGCCGUGGGGACGCUUACGAGGCCAAGGAUGUCGUGGAUCUACAGAGCCACCAACUGAGGGACAGUGGCCUCGGGCCCAGGGAUGGCAAGAAGCCACCACAGCCCCAGUCCUUGGCUCAGUUCGGGCGCCCCAAAAUCGAUGGGGAGCUGAAGGUGUGCAGCAGCGAGAGGCGCUCCAAGGCGGACAGGUACGGGUUCCUCCUGGACAAGGCUCUGAUCAUCUGCAAGCGCCGUGGGGACGCUUACGAGGCCAAGGAUGUCGUGGAUCUACAGAGCCACCAACUGAGGGACAGUGGCCUCGGGCCCAGGGAUGGCAAGAAGUGGUCCCACACCUUCCUGCUCAUCAACACGGCCGGGCUGCAGGGCUACGAACUCUUCUUCAAGACACGUGAGCUGAAGAAGAAGUGGCUGGAACAGUUCGAGAUGGCCCUCUCCAACAUCUUCCCGGAGCACGCCCUGGCGGAUGGACACGACUUCCAGAUGUUCUCCUUUGAGGACACCACAUCCUGUAGGGCCUGCCAGAUGCUGCUGAGAGGAACGUUCUACCAGGGCUAUCGCUGCAACCGGUGCCGGGCUCCCGCACACAAGGAGUGUUUGGGGAGGAUGGGGACCUGCGGAGCUGAUCCGAGCUCUGGCAACAGGAAGAUGAAAUCCCAGCGCCCGGGACACGAGAACAAGACUGCAGACCUGGGGUUGCCCAAGAUGGAGGCGAGCCAGCACUACAGCGGGGUGCCCCCACCCCCAGGAAAUGUGGGUCCUGCCCUACGUCUCAGCCCUGGGGACGUCGUGGAGGCAAUGGUGGCGGAGGUGGAGCAGCUGUGGUGGCAGGGCAGGAACGUGGUCAAUGGUGAGACGGGCUGGUUCCCCUGUGCUGCUGUCAGACCCUUCAUCUGUGCACCGCUGCCGGAUCUCUCUGUCUACCUCUGGUACGCCGGCCCUAUGGAAAGGGGGGAAGCGGAACAGAUCCUGACACCCCGUUCUGAUGGCACGUUCCUGGUGCGGCAGAGGGUGAAGGACACGGGAGAAUUUGCUAUCAGCAUCAACCCUACCCCCAACCCCACAGGGGCCGUGAGAAGUUUUGGGUCGGCCAAAGCCCGCUAUGAUUUCUGCGCCCGCGACCGGACGGAGCUGACGCUGCGGGAAGGGGACAUCAUCCGCGUCCUCAGCAAGAAGGGGCAUCCAGGAUGGUGGAAAGGGGAGAUCUACGGGCGGGUCGGAUGGUUCCCCGCAAACUACGUGGAAGAGGAUUACUCGGAGUAUUGCUGACCGCAGGACCCCUAAAUGUCCCCACCCCAUAUCCCCAACCCCACACCUUCUGCACCCCCCCCUUUGAGGUCAUUGCAUCACUCCCCUCCCCUUUAAUUAAUUUAUGCCUCCUCCUGCCUACAAGGGAGCAAUAAAAAGGGUGAGGACGAGG